AAAAAGAUAGCCAUUACAUAAGCGGAGUGUUUUUGAGAAAACUUUUAGUAUGGGGAGAUGGAAAGAUCAGCCACUUUAAUUAAGGGAAACCAAAAGAUAAAAGAAAAAACUGUGACUUGAAAUUAAUCAAAGCUUUUUGAAACAACAACUCCAUAAACACAACAACUCCAUAAACACAACAACUCCAUAAACACAGCAGCUUUCUAGACUACAGCAGAUACACCAACUCAUAACAAGCCAGAUAAUAAUAGAGAUAUCGUCAUAAAAGCAGGCUGUAUUUACUUUCCCUAGACUGUUUUUCUAAAAGAGAUCUUUUCGUAUUUUCAUCGUUUGCGUUUUUGAUUGUCAUUAAGUUCCCUCUUAUAUAUUUGCAUAGGGAGGCUUACAGUAGUAGAAGAGUUCAUCAUAUAUUCCAGUUUUUCAAACUUGUGCAUGAGAUGAUGCAUUUGCUAGCGUAUACAUUAUGGUUUUCGAUAACGGUAUUGAAGACCCAAGCAACCCCAUUACCAAUAUAUUCUUUGAUAGAUGAUGAUCCAACUGAAGAAGGGCCCAAGAAUCCCAAUUUGAAUCAGCCUUAUCCCCCAAGAUCAUCAAAUGGGAUAAGUGAGCGAGCCAGUUUUUUCAUUGGAUUUGGAGUUACCACAAUAUUAACGAUUAUUAUUGGUUUAUGUUUGAUAUUCAUUUAUAGAACUCGAAUUAGAUUAAGUGAGGAUGAGUUAGCAAGAGAAGAAGAAAAUCAAGCAUAUAUGGAAUUAAAUCUGGAAGAACAAGAACUAUUUUUCCAAAGCAAAGAUUACUUAAUAAAUAACCCAUACUUAAGAGAUGAAUUGACUUUUUCACAAAAUUUAAGUAUUCAGGAAAAGGGAAUUAAAGCAUGGGAAUUCAUUAAAGAUUCGAUGCUAACUAAUAACGAUGUCAUGAUUCUUAAUAAAACAGAAAUCAAUUUUUUCAAAAAAUUUGAAUGUUCAGUAACUACCAAUUUACCAAUACCCAUGCAAAACGACGUUUAUUAUUUUGAAAGUAAAAUCUAUUCAUUACCAGAUGACACUAAUACCUUAAUAUCUAUUGGAUUAGGAAUUAAACCGUAUCCUUGGUUUAGAUUACCCGGUAGACAUCAUCAUUCAAUAAGUUAUGAUAGUAAUGGGUAUAGAAGAUUCAACCAACCUUUCAAGUUUGAAACUGACCCCCCUUUCCCCAAGCUCAUUGAAGGUGAUGUUAUUGGAGUUGGUUACAGAGUUAGAAGUGGAACGGUUUUUUUCACAAGAAAUGGUAAAAAGGUUAGUGAACUGAAAUUAGGAGGUCAUAUCAAGAAUUUUAAAAUCCCAAAUCAUGGCCAAAUAUAUCCAAUCAUUGGUGCUAAUAACUUAUGUUCAAUCCAUGUUAAUCUAGGUCAAAUGGGUUAUGUUUUCAUCGAAGGGAACGUUAAAAAAUGGGGGUUUGCUCCUUUAGAAGGUAAUGGGCCAGCACCUCCAGCCUAUAAUAAGUUUAAUUCCGAUAUUUUAUUAGAACGACUGGAAAUCGAUGAUGAAAAUAACGAUCUACUGGAAAGAGAAGAUGACUUCCCCCCUAAUUUUUGGGAAAUUCAUCCACUGGACUCAAAUAAUGAUGAAUACGAUGAUGAUAACGAUAGCAGUGGUCUAUUAGCUCAUGAUAAAUUUAGUUAUAAUGCCUAUAGCGAAGUUAACUCCAAUGAUGAACGAAUUACUCUCAAUAGUUUAUUGCCUCCAAAUAAACCCCCUUCCUAUAAUAGUGAAGAAGAAGACGAACCUCAUCUUGGACCUUCAGAAGAAGCACAAGAAUCAAAUUCGCAUUCCAAUGAUUCAAACUCUACCGACAGCACUAUCCAAUUUUGAAUUCAAAACGUACAUUUACUGUUUGUGAAUUGAUUGCGAUACUUGUCCGUUGCCCCUUUUGUACUUUUCUUCUUUCUCUUUCAAUUCUACCCGGGUUCUUUUCAACUUUUUGUAUAAUUCAUUUCACUUCUACUAAUUCGUAUUAAACACUACUUGUACAUUCGCGUGGCCCUUCAUUUGUAGUUACCCUCUAAGAGGAAAAUGGUAGUUUUUUCGGAACCCAUUACCCCACAAAGACUAUAUACCACCAUUGGACAGCUUUAACUCUGCAUACGUCAAGAAGAUCAAACAAAACAAAGACAUCAUCAACCCAUCAAGCAUGCAUUGAGAAACACGAGUAGCGUUGG